AUGAAUCCGCAGCAGGCCAAGAUACAAGCUGUAUACGAUUGGCAGGACGCGCCGCAGCCAAUCGUGUUACACCAUGGCAAGCAAGCAAAAGCCAUUCGCCGCGUGCGCAGGAAGAAAAAAGGAAAGAAUGCCAAAGUCGAGGCGGAGCUUUACAUUUGCAAGGAGUAUUCACUUGCUGGCGUGAACCCGGCAAAGGCCAAUGGAUCUCGCUAUGUCUUCGGCGAAUAUUACGUACUUGGAGAACGUCUGAAGGGCCUGGAACAUCCGAACAUCAUACAUUAUGUCGACUUCACCUACAAUCCAAACUCUCAAGUCGCCAAGCUGUACACAGAGUACUGCAAAUUUGGCGACCUCGAGCAAGCCCUACAAAGUAGGAAAGACAGAAGCAAGCUUGAUACGCGGGAAGCUGUACUCGUGAUGUAUCAGAUCGCCUGUGGCCUGCUGUAUCUUCACCAUGGCGUGUACCAUGCCGAUGACUUCCUGAAGGUUGCGCCAUUGCCAGAUGUCGUCCGCCGAGAUAACGCACAAAGUGCCUGGAUUACUAUCCUGCACCGGGACAUUAAACCUCCGAAUGUCUUUGUAGCUGAACUGACAGACAGCUACAUCCGAAUUAAGCUGGGUGACUUUGGAAUCGCCAAGGCUGAGACUGAUGAUAAACAUGAAUUCUCAUUGAUGAGUGAUCAGGAGCAACGAAUGGACUUCACAGGGCCUGGUCCUCGAAGAACCACGUUGAAAUGCGAUAUCUAUGCGCUUGGAGUCACCAUGCAACAGGUCAUUUACCCCAACAACGAAGAGCACUCAAGUUCAGCUGAGCUUGCCGCAACUCUGCAUCAAGUGAUACAAGACUGUCUCAGCAGCAAAGAUGUUGACAGGCCUGCGAGUGGCGCCAUCAUUGAUCGCUUGAGACCUCACAUUGAUGACAGCGAAACUCGGACCAUGACCUCCGAGGUCCUCUCUAAGCUCACUACCGCGCAAACCAAGGGGCUUGGAAAGCAGCAGGCCGGUAGGGUCAAAGCCGAGGCUGCUUCGUACGUUGAGCUCUUUGAGCGAUGCAUUCAAGGCGGGUCGAUACCCAGUGAAGAAGCUCUGCUGAGCUUCUACUCGUACAUUGAAGAUGACGCUUUGCCGAAUUGGAAGUCCAAGGUGAUCCAGGAGAUCCAGCCACUACUGCAGCCGUUCAAACUAAACACAAAGUCGCCGCGCGGCGCUUCGCAUGCACUGAGUAGCAGUUCGAACAUGGAAAAACGUGAUGUGCUAUCUGACGAAGAGAUCCAUGUUCCAAACCCUAGCCCAAUGGUAGAGACUGAGGAUCCCGACAGCAGGUUCGAUAAGUUUGGCACGCCCAAGCCGGAUGAUGCUCUCGCUGCUAAGAUUAAUGAUCUGCUUAGUGGUCGUGAUGGUGGUGGAGAUCUAUUCAAGACGCUUGCGGAGGGCUUUCGGGGUCGUGGUGGCGGUAGCAAGUCGCGAGCACAGAACUCGAGCCUGCUAGGCAAAGACCGAAUGGACCGCAAUAACAGUAUUGGCAUGGACGAGAGCAACUCAACAAGCACAGCUACCCCCGAAGAUGGUUCAUACAAUUCGCUUUCUUCCUCGAGUAUGACUGCAUCUGGAGAAAUGGACACAACGGCGCAUGGCUUGGACACAAAUUCUGGCAUCUCGGGUGGUCGUAUACGCACUCCGAAUAGAAUUCAACCGCCAAAGGAUGAUGCUUAUCCACAGCGACUGGGGCAUAACACCGUAGGCGGCGCCUCGAGAAGCGGCGAUGGAAUAGAGGACAUUGGAUUUCAGCGAAGGGCUGCUGCCGCAAAAGAUAGUAAAAUCGUUUCUGAAGGCGCAGCGGGGUCAUCUACCACCGACAAUGGGGCAUACCGCCUUCCAAGAUCAUAUAACGAAAGCCGUGCAAGCAAUGCUGAGUCAAGGAAGCGCGAGAAGAGCAAUCAAACUGUCGUAACGCAUAUGCCUUCACGAUCUGUUCGCUUUAGGCCCGGAACAAAUUAUUCGGUAUCUGGCGAAGAAGAUUACCAGGGGCGAAAUUAUGACUUAAAGGCUGGUCGUGCCGGGGCAUCGUCGCCGGAUCUAGACUCGGGUCACUUGAAAGAACGAGUUCCAGACUUGCCACUGCCCAUCGAUAUUGAUACGUCCUCUGGGCUACGAUAUCCAUACAUAGGCCACGACACUUCCAGAUGGUAUGAUCCAUAUCGGAUACAACAGCCUGAAAUACGGCCAUAUGACAGAUCAGAAGCGUCUCAGGGGUUUGAACUGCCAUCGGAGGCCAAACCAUCACACCAGUCUAGUUUCGUCCGUCCGAAAAAGAGAAGUAGUGCCAUCAGGAUUACGGAUGCGAAUGGAAACCCCGUCGACUUCUCUAAGCCAUCAACGCCAGACCAUGAUUCGUUUACCCGAAUGACAGCCGCAUUUAGGGGACCUACGCCUCCACUGACGGAGCCUCUCAAUGUACACUCUUCUCACGAUUCUGUCACAAAGGCUCGAUCUGAGGUGCGAGCAAAAGGGGAUGAGGACAUCCUUGCCAUGCAGGAUGAGGAGAAUGGGCGUUUGGAGCGUCAACUUGGAGAGAACAACCCCAAAUAUACAGCAGAGGAAGAUGAGAAACGCCUCGUUGGGGAAGGGAGCGCUUUGGAAUUGUCAAGGAGAAGGCGACAAGCGCUCGGGAGGAGAGCUCGAGUGAACCGGGUCGGUGUCGAUCGCUUUGACUGA